AUGACCACAUCGCACAUACUUUCCGCCGUGGAUCCCACAACGGGCUUGAGUGGAGGUGGAGGCGGAGGCGGUGGUGCAACUCUUAAUGGCAAUGCGACGGCCUCAGCCGGCGGCUCGCCACAGCAUGCUGUGCACAAUGGACAUGGCGGUGGUGUUGGUAUGGUGGCUGGUGGCGUAGGCGGUCCUGUUGGCAACGGUGGGGGCGGGGGCGGUGUCGGAAUUGGAAUUGGUGUGCAUCGAGGCGGUGGCGCCGGCAGCCCCAAUGAAAUGGAUCGAAACCUGCGCGUCUCGCUGGAUGAUCGUGAGCUGUGGCUGCGCUUCCAGAAUCUCACCAAUGAGAUGAUCGUCACGAAGAAUGGCAGGCGCAUGUUUCCGGUGGUGAAAAUCAGCGCCUCCGGCCUAGAUCCGGCGGCCAUGUACACCGUGCUAUUGGAGUUCGUGCAGGUCGACACACACCGCUGGAAAUACGUCAAUGGCGAAUGGGUGCCCGGUGGGAAGGCAGAAGUACCGCCUUCCAAUCCUAUUUAUGUGCAUCCAGAAUCUCCAAACUUUGGUGCCCACUGGAUGAAGGAGCCGAUUUCAUUUGCAAAAGUGAAACUAACGAACAAAACCAAUGGCAAUGGGCAGAUAAUGUUGAACUCGUUGCACAAAUAUGAGCCACGUGUUCAUUUGGUGCGUGUUGGCUCCGAGCAACGUCAUGUGGUCACCUAUCCUUUCCCCGAGACGCAGUUCAUUGCGGUCACAGCCUACCAAAAUGAGGAGGUAACGUCUUUGAAGAUCAAGUACAAUCCCUUUGCCAAGGCCUUUCUGGAUGCCAAGGAGCGUCCAGAUACGCUUUAUCCGCACGACACACACUACGGUUGGCUCAUACCGCCACCGAGUCACUAUGCGAGCGCUGCUGCAGCCGCUACGGUAUCUGCGCCGCCCCCGCCACUACCUAUGACGCAGACACAUAAUCUGGUGGCGCCAACCCCUACAACAGCGGCUGCAUCGUCGGCCACAUGCGAUCGCUACGGGCGCUCCCUGUCGAGCCGUAGUGUUGCACCGACACGCGCCACGCCCUAUGCACGUCCUCGCGUCCUGUCAGGCUCUGGCUCCAAUGGCAGUGCAGGCAAUGCCUCCUCCUCAUCACCACAGCCGCCGUCGGCACCACAAACGCCCACAAGUCUGCAGUCAUCGUCGUCUGGAUCGGUCAGUGCGGGCGUCAUUGCCAGUAGCAGUAGCAGCGGUGGCUGCUUUACUAGUUCCUAUUCGCAGGCUGGCUUCAUGCCGGUCGAGUCCAGCUCCACCGCCCCGGUAUUCUCCUAUCCUAGCAGCUGGCAGAGCAAUGGUAAUUACUGGAAUCCCACCAGUGUGCCCGGCCCCAUGCCCGUUAACGUCUGCAGCAGCCGCAAUAUCUCCACUCACAACUCGCCAUCGCCAACGAAUGGCUCUCCAAGCUAUACCACACCCUCGCCCGGCUAUACCAUUCACCAUCUGACGCCGCACAGCCACCAGUACAACAUGAGCCAGCCCGAUCUUUAUUCAAGUGGCACGGCUGCGGCGAGCUCUCCACAAACGUAUGGAGCACCUACCCAUCAAGUCUACCAUCCAACACCCACCUCACCUACCCAUCAACUCUAUACCAAUGUGCUGAAUGCUCCGUCGGCGCUCAGCUAUCCAGCCGCUGGCUGGCACAAUGGAUCCAGUGCUGAGUACGGUCUCUAUCAAAAUGCGGCUGCGGCAUACUAUCAACCGGAAUAUAUACCGCUGGAGAUUGGUUACUCCUCCCAUCCGCUAGAGCCCGUGGAUGUUACAAAGGCGCUCGACGACCAACAACAAUCCUCCGCAAUGUACAAGCAAACUGAGGAGCCGAGCUCUGUCAUAACGCUGGAGUGUGCCACACUAAAGGGUGGCUCCAGCAACAUCAAGAUGGAAUCACUGGAGCAUUCUGGCGAACGUGUUCCUGUCCCGUCCGUAGCAGCCCCCACCGCAGUGCCCACAUCGGUGGUAACGGCCGUCAGUACCGAUAGUUGGACACCGCUGACGCCACCACAAAGCACUCUGCAAUAACGUGUCUCACGAUAUGGCCGCCUUAGUCCUAAUGACCUAGCCCUUAGAUGCAAGAAAGCCCCUCAAGCUAAUCCAAGGGAUGCGCAUACACAUACGUUUAGAAUAGAUAAGCAUCCGGUAACAACAUGUAAAUGAUAACUGAAACAAUGUAUUGUACAAUCUAGUGUAAUCCUUCGACAUCCUCCUAUAAUCAAAAUACAUAUAUAAUAUUAAGGUCAA